CGCCUCUCUGGGUGUUUAGUCUAAACCCGAUACAAUUUCAUCCCCCCAGCACGUGCUCGCGUACUUGGUAGAAGACAGCGAAGCACUCGAGAAAGCCGCGUGCGAAGCCGAUGUCAUCAGCAAACUCAUGAAGUCCUUCACUGCCGCCAACGACGACACGCUCAGCGAAUCACACAAGACCGACCUUCGCGAGGCUGUGCUCAGCGCACUCGCCUCUGUAUGUGCCAAACGCGAGAGCAGCCGCAAGCAGAUUAUCGAGGCCAAGCUACUACCCGAUAUCGUCAAGCAACUGGACUCACCUUACGUGCAGGUGCGCUCGGCAGCGUGUAGAUGCACACGAUCGCUCUCCAGGUCGGUCAAGACGCUUCGCACGGCGCUGGUGGAUGCGGGUGCUGCCAAACCUCUCUUCAAGCUGCUGAGCGACAGCAAUGCCGAGGUACAGGCGGCUGCAUGCGCUGCCCUGUGCAAUAUGGUGCUGGACUUUAGUCCAAUGAAGCAGAGUAUGUUGGACCAGGGUGUGGUGGAACGACUCGUGGCGCUCACACACUCGUCCGAUCCUGAGCUGAGGCUGAACUGCAUGUGGGCCAUCAAGAACCUGUUGUAUCAAGCCAGCAUCCUGGUGAGGAAGAAGGUGGUGGCUUUGCUUGGGUGGCAGCGAAUCUACGAGCUACUCAACGAUGAAAGUCUGGAGAUACAGAGACAAACCUUGACGUGUCUACGCAAUCUGGCUUCUGGUGGCGAUGAGUGUGGGGAGAAUGCCAUAGACCUGGUUGUGAAGGCGCCGGGCGAUAAUCCGGGCGACAAUAUGAUUGCUGUUUUAGUGGAGAAGAUGCAGAACAAUGCCCACCCAAGUCUGGUACAGGAGGCGGGAUAUGUCUUAGUUAACAUUGCCACAGGCUCACGGAAACACAAAAACCUGAUCAUGGAAAAUCCUGAAUGCCUUAAAUGCAUCAAGGCCUGCCUGGAAUCGAGAGAAGAUGCCUUGAAAGUGGUGGCUGCAUGGUGUAUUAUAAACUUGAGCUGGCCAGAGGAUGAAGGAGUGGAAGAGCGUGUGCGAGUGAUCCGUGGACUGGGCAUGGACCGAACACUUCGCAAUUUGAAAAACGAUCCCAAUUUUGAUGUCAAAGGUCGUGCCGAGGCCGCACUUGAGCAACUCGAGAAAAUGCCGCGCAUGCUGGAGCUGUAAUCAAGUGCGAUUGGCAUUUGUUACAUUCGGCAUUAGUUUCAUAGUAUUCGUAUAUGCUUCAUUGUAGUUCAACCAAUUGCGUCUGCUGGUGCGUUGGACGAAACAUGAGGCAUCACAGUAUUUUCUGAUUUUUUUUUGGAAAUUGUCCCUGUCCCAGGUUUACGAUAAAUUUGUGUGGAGGUAUACUAGGAGCUAUGGAGAAUAUAUUAGUCGAUGGUAGAUACUGGUACGUGGGAAGUCGGAUAAGGGUGAACAAGACGCAUUUUGGGUCUCGGAUAUACUGUAGGCGAUCACAAACUCGGAUGGGCAAUCCCAUUAUUGGUAGCCCAAGCCUUGGCUCGAUUGAUUGGAUUUAUAGGCGUACGGUCAAGUAGUGCGAUUGCUGUAGUAUGUCGAUUUUAUCUAAUGCAGAUGAAUGGAACUUUUCUGGAACAUUAGCACCAUCGACGAAAUUUGUGUUGGUAGAUUUGAGUACACACUUCUUGCAUUCAGGGAGAACGUCAGGGAGAACAUCAGGGGGGGCUGUAUUGUGUACCUGAUUGACUUGCAGCCAGUCUUUCAGCAAUAUACAAGGCAUACUGGAUACAGUGUGACAGCUUUGUCUUCGAGAAUAGUUAUUGGUAGCCCGUACAAAUCCGAAUCAUGGCUAAAAUUAGCUAAAUAGGGUAGGUUGUCUAUUGGUUCAGUCGACGGCCAAAAUAUAUCCUCAAGAAAUGCGAUCUUAGCACCCCCCGCACCCCCAAGAAAAUAGUUAAUCAGGAGUGUGCAGAAAGGAUUCAUUCUUUUUGGAUUGAAUGUGUGACCAGAGAAAGUGGCGUACACAAUAUCAUCGAACAACAUACAUGACGUGCUUUACUUGAAUACACGGCAGAUUUGGUGUUAUGGCGAGCCCGCCAACCAAAUCAUAUAUGAAAGUUAAAUUGAGUAUAUUUCCCACAUCGCAGCACCAACCCUCAUGUUGUUGGGCAAUGGUCCAUUCGUGAACUCAAAUGAGCGUGACGGAAAAAAUGGCCAUCCUACUUCGCAGUCUCAGCCCUGUAAUAUUUACUUCAGAGCUGUGGGAAACAUUCAAUUGAGCGCCUAGUAUCAGCUGCUGAAUUUUUUUAUACAGAUAACAAGUUACUUGGCCAAUUAUUAAAAAUAGUGA